AAUUGGGCCAACAUGUCCUCCUUCAGAAUGCGGGAGAGGGACUUACAGAGCAUGUGCAGAAGGGUGCUGCUGCUGACCGUCUGUAUGGUGUCUCUCUGGGGACAGCUGACCAGUGCAUCAUCACACAGAAGCCACAUAGUUCAUGUGAAAGCGGGAACCUGUGAGGUAAUUGCUGCACACCGAUGCUGCAACAAGAACAAGAUCGAAGAGCGAUCCCAGACCGUCAAAUGCUCCUGCUUCCCUGGACAGGUGGCGGGAACAACAAGAGCGGCUCCAUCUUGUGUAGACGCAUCCAUAGUUGCACAGAAGUGGUGGUGCCAGAUGCAUCCCUGCAUGGAUGGGGAAGAGUGUAAAGUGCUGCCAGACCUCAAAGGAUGGAGCUGCAGUACAGGAAACAAAGUUAAGACAACCAAGAGUAGAAAUCACCCAUGGGUGGACGUGGCCUUUGGGCAGCAGCUUGAUGCCGACUUCCAGAAAGAGAGCAGUGAUGGAAAGGUGCAGGCAGAACUGCCAACUCUCAUGCUUCUGGUGUGA